AUGUCAUCAUCUUCAUUAUUACGUCAAGCGCGGAGGAUAGCUCCAGCGGCUCGCCGAAUGGCCAGUACUGGUCGUAGAACACGUCCUGGUGGAAGUGCCGAUGCCCAUUUGACUUCCAUUCAAUGGGAGGAUUAUCAGAAGAAGACUUCUUUUGAAUCGUUGAAUGUGUCAAACCUGACUUCGCAAAACCUGUUGGACCAAUUGAACAUCUUGAUGGAUACUUUAUACUCCAAGAUUCCCAAGGGAUUUGAAAACUUCUUUCCCAAAGAUGGCAGUGGACCAGUGCCCAAGAAAAAUACGGAAAAGAAGACCAACACAGAAACCAAAAACACAACCUUCAAGGCCAAAGACGAGGAGAAAAAGAAAAAGAAUAGCAAUCGAGGAGGCAUUCCACCACCAGAAGAAAAUGAUCCGCAAAAUAUUCCAGCAAUGAUUGCACUAUUGCUUAUGAUUAUGGCGGCUCGUAGAUAUGUCAGUGAUGGGGAUGAGACUGGUAAAAACGGAAAGGAAAUCAACUUUGUGGAAUUCCGAAACCAAUUGCUGGAGUCGGGACAGAUUGAAAAGAUUGAAGUUGUCAACAACAAAAUGGCCAGAGUAGUCCUGAAACCAGGCUCCAAAGGUAUUCCAACUUCUCCAUUUGGUUCCACUCGAGAUAAACUAAUGUCUUCGGAUUGGAACAGUGCUGGUAUGGGUGGAAACCCCGCGUCUCAUGAUGGUGGACAAGACGAGACCGUUCUUGAGUUUAGCAACAACUCUACAGUUGGGACGCAAGACGAUGCUCGGUCUAAUCCAGGGUCACCAGCCACGCAAACGCCCAGCUACCACUUUUACAUUGGCAGCAUUGAAUCCUUUGAAGAAAAGCUAUCCAAGGCGCAAAAUCACAUUCAUCCACGGGAGUGGGUGCCAGUCCAAUACGUCAAUGAGGUCAACAUGUUGGUGGAACUCGUAAAAGCCACACCCAUGCUGGUCAUGAUUGCCAUGAUUUACUAUUAUUCACGGGGAAUGAUGGGUGGUGCCGGAGCUGCAGGCGGUGGUGCAGGUGGCAUGGGAGGCAUGUUUCAGGUGGGAAAAUCCAAUGCCAAAAAGAUCAAUCCCGAAACGGUUGGAGUCAACUUUAGCGACGUCGCCGGAUGCCAAGAAGCCAAACGAGAAAUUAUGGAGUUUGUCGACUUUUUGAAGGACUCUUCUCAAUUUACCAAGUUGGGUGCGAAAAUUCCAAAGGGUGCUCUUCUAUGUGGUCCACCUGGAACUGGAAAGACGCUUUUGGCCAAGGCAGUAGCCGGAGAAGCUGGUGUUCCAUUCUUUUCAAUAUCUGGAUCCGACUUUAUUGAAAUGUUUGUCGGUGUGGGUCCAUCCCGAGUACGUGACCUGUUCAAAGAAGCAAGAGCCGCUGCACCAUGCAUUAUUUUCAUUGAUGAGAUUGAUGCCGUUGGACGGCAAAGAGGUCGGGGUGGUUUCUCGGGAGGAAACGACGAGCGAGAAAAUACUCUGAAUCAAUUGUUGGUGGAGAUGGAUGGUUUCAGCCCUUCUGCAGGUGUGGUGGUCUUGGCAGGUACCAAUCGUGUUGACAUUCUUGAUCAAGCCUUGACUCGUCCAGGUCGUUUUGAUCGCCAAAUUACCGUUGACAAGCCAGAUCUACAAGGACGCAAAGAGAUCUUCAAUGUACACUUGAAGGGAAUCAAACUAGAAGGUGACAAGGAGGACUUUUCGGGUAGAUUGGCAGGUUUGACUCCUGGGUUUGCCGGAGCUGAUAUUGCAAACCUUUGCAACGAAGCUGCAAUCGUGGCGGCCCGACGAAAAGGAAAGAGUGUCUUAGUGCAAGACUUUGAGAAAGCGACCGACAGAAUUAUUGGAGGUCUGGAGAGUAACAAGAUUAUGAGCGAUGCAGAACGACAAAUUGUGGCCCACCACGAAGCUGGUCACGCAGUCGCUGGUUGGUUCCUGGAACAUGCUGAUCCACUUCUGAAGGUCACCAUCAUUCCAAGAACGAGCGGUGCACUCGGGUUUGCUCAAUAUCUGCCCAAGGAGACGUUCCUACGGACACAAGAUCAAAUCAUGGAUACUGUAUGCAUGGCCUUGGCUGGACGAGCAGCCGAGGAAGUCUUCUUUGGCAACGUCACAACGGGGGCUUCGGAUGAUCUUCGCCGAGUGACACAGAUUGUGUACAGUACCAUCCACACAUACGGAAUGAACUCCAAGGUUGGCCAGCUAGCCUACCCACAAGAUGACAAUAGCAUGGGGGACAAACCGUAUUCAGAUGCCACUGCUGAAGCAAUGGAUGAUGAAGCUCGUGCCAUCGUCGACGAAGCUUACGAAAGAACGCUUGCGUUGAUGAGAGAGAAAAAGGAACAAGUGGAAGCUGUUGCUAAGCUAUUGAUUGAUAAGGAAACAAUCACGCACGAUGAUAUGAUUGACUUGAUCGGCGAGCGUCCAUUUGAAGCAGACGAGCAAUACCGAGAAUAUAUCAGCGCUAGAGCUCAAAGCAAUGCUAAGAAGGAUGAAGACGUGAAAAAAGAAAGCGAAUCCUCAGAAGAGGAUGCUGAAAUUGGAGGUGGUUUGACUCCGGGACUCGCUUAG